AUGACCGCAGUCGAUGUAUUGAGCAAGGAGCAGUUUGAAGAGCUCGUGGACUCGUAUCCCCAAGCCCUGGAGUGCAUAGGAGCUCUCAAGACCGCCAAAGAUGGACAACGACCACUAAGCGAGCUCGAUGCAUAUCGAUACGACAAGGCUCCCCGUCUCUUCUCGGCAGGAGAGUCCGUGCGAGAUAUGGACCUAGAAGCUGUGAAGACGCUCGUUGAGUGGAAAUUACGUCAUGGCAAAUUCCGUCCGACGCUCAUGAGCUUGGUUUCUUCCAACGACCCGGUGACUGUGAGAAACAGCAUCCGGGACGCCAUUGGUGGGUAUCGAGAGGAUGGAGACGCAGCAGCAGCUGUUGAUGCAUUGUCGAAGCUCAGAGGAGUCGGUCCCGCGACGGCGUCCCUGCUUCUGUCGGUCCACGACCCAGACCGGGUGAUAUUCUUCUCCGACGAAGCGUACUUUUGGUUAUGCUGCGGCGGCAUGAAGAGUCCCAUUAAGUACAACGCCAAGGAAUAUCAACAGCUGUUGACCCAAGCGCGCGAACUAGCGGCAAGAAUCAAGGUAUCGACGACGGAGGUCGAAAAGGCUGCCUUUGUCGCAAUGAGACUGUCAGCCGACGUGGUCUUUUCGAAGACAAGCAGUAGCAAGACCGCGAGGGCUCCGACAAAUAUCGUGAAGCGCAAGAAGACGCCUGAGCUCGACCAGCCAAAGGCCCAGGCAGAGCCGCCCAGGCGGUCAAAGCGAAGGAAAGCUUAG